CUCUUUUGUUUCUAUUAUCCAACAAUAAUAGACAAAAUAUCCCUUGUGCCUCCUAUUCAGAGAAGAACAUUGAAUCUCCUUUGAUCUUCCAAUUUUCACAGAAUAUCUCUAUCCUUUGAAAAUAAAAUGGUUACACACGCUCUUCCUUUUGUACACUGUAUCUGGAUGUCUUUUGUUUCCGUGUAUUUCUGACUUGUAAAUCAAAAGCAACCCCAUAUUUUGAUUAUUUUCAACCCAUAAAUCUCUCUUCCCUUGUUUUGAUUUUCUCGUUUGAAUUCUCUUCCUUGCUUUUUUUCUCCUUUCUCACAUCAUCAUACCUUGAAGUCCACCUUGGUUUUUGCUUCCCUCUUCAAUUUUCCUAACUGGUGGGAACUGUGUAGUUAUCUAUGUGUUCUAAAAUAGUUCCCCCUCGUUUCUCUUUUUCCCAUGAUGUCCCUGAGCUACAAAAGCAGCAAGAUGUUCCACGCAAAGACACAAUGCUUCUUGAGUCGAAUCAUGACUUUGAGUUCAGCACUAUCAGAAGAAGCCUUGAGUUUGAAUCAUCUUCUGCAGAUGAACUUUUCUCUAAUGGGGUAAUCCUUCCCAUUCAGAUGCAGAAAAAGCGAAACACUACUAGGAAACACACCCUUUGUGGAGAAGCUCCAUAUAUGAGACUUCCUCCUCUUCCAUGUACCCCGUCUAGCGUUGACAAAAUAAAGAAAGAGAGCACUAGAGAAGUUCUAGAUAAGAAAGCUCACUCCACCUCUUUCUGGGGUUUCAGUAGAAGCAAAAGUCUCAGUUGUGAUACAAAGAAAAGUUUGAUGUGUUAUUCACCUCCUUUGUCAAGGAGCAACUCAACUGGUUCGGUGCCACAGCCAAAGAGAGUGAGUUCAACCAGGCAGCAUUCAGCAGCUAAGCCACUAUCAUCUUCAAGCUCUUCUACCUUAAAUUUGUAUCCUAUACAAAGGUCUCGUUCAGGUAAGAGUUAUGGAGGAUCUUAUGCCAAUGGUCUUUGGAUUAGUCCUGUUUUGAACCUACCAACUCCCUGCAUUUCUAAAGGAAGUGGUAGUCUCUUCGGGUUGGGUUCUUUUUUACGUGUUGGGAAGGCCAAGAAAAGCAAGAAGUGAUUUGUUCAUGUUAGUUCGUGGUUAAUCUUGCUAGUUGGCUUAUCAAAUUCAUCAUUGUUUAUUCUGAUCAGCGAUCAUGCUAGAAAGAAACAAGUAAUUAGCAUGGUACUAAAUGAAGUUGAUUAUGUUUAUGCCAAGCUAAUGAUUUGGAGGGAUAAAAAAAUCUCUGAUGGUCAUUCAGUUAAUAAGGUACAAGCUUGGGGGCCAGAACAAUGGGAAUCUGUCCAUUUUUAAUGCUUUGUCCCAUCUUGUUUUCUGUGAUGAAUCCUCCAAUGAAUGGAAGCUUUUGUGGCUAGUGCUUGUUCAGAUUAGCACUUGUUUAUUUAUGAGAAAUGCUCUUUUGUUCAACAACUAACAUUUUGUCUUUAAUUGUAAAACAUAUGACAACUAGAACUAGUGGUGGCAGUUUCAUGGACAAACAAAUUCUUGAUGAAACUUUAACUUUUGGAAAGUUAGUUUGUCUGAGCCUUUGUUAGCUACUAACUCAGCUAAUCAUGGGCCAUCCUUUGAUUUAUCUAGUGGCAUGCAUCGGCUUAGACUAUGCAUUUAAUCUGGAAAUAUACUGAAUCCUCCAAAUUAGUAUGUGUUAUUUAUUGGACAACCAGCAUUCGUGUCAUAAAUGGUGAAAUUCCAAUUAGACAUGCUUGGCAAUAUGGUUAAUCAUAUGCUGCCAAACAGCUAACACAUUAGAAUUGGAUUCCUAUCACUACCAGUCCAUUGUUUCUAGUAGUUUUAACUUUGAAUUAGUAAUAUUGUUUUACAUCA